GCUCUCCAAUAAUUGCAAAGUCAAGAACAAUUUACUCAACAGCGCUAAGAUUAACUCUUUCGAGAUGACUGUUUGAAGAAGAGAUAUUUGGCUUCCGUCUCGCUCCAGCAUGUCCCUCUGUGCGUCGUCCCACAAGGAAUGUUCUCAGUUGCCACUGAUCCAAGACCUCGGAUGUAGCAAAACAGAAGCGAAGAGCUCCACCUCCGAGCUUGGCUCGCCCGUCCCUUUCAGCUGCAGCCAGUCCGCUUUGGCUAUAGAGCACAGCCCGAUUUACAUCCCAUCCUCUUAUAUGGAAAGUAGGCAGGACUAUUCGGCCAUGGCGUUCUACAGCCCUGCUGUGAUGAACUACAACAUUCCGGCCAAUUUCAGCGAUUCGGAAAGUGCUACUUUAAGGCAGACCGGGAGUCCGAGCAUGUUGUGGUCUGGUCCUGGUCACAUCUCUCCUUUGACUUUGCACUGCCAGUCCUCGGUUUUAUAUGCAGAGCAGCCCAAGAGCCCGUGGUGUGAUGCAAGGCCCGUGGAUCAUGUCCUGCCUAUGCACCGGGAGACAAUGAAAAGGAAGCCCCACGGAAGUGACUGUACCAGCCCCACUACCAACAGCCCUGGCUCGAAAAGGGAUGCCCAUUUCUGUGCCGUGUGCAGCGAUUAUGCCUCCGGAUAUCACUACGGCGUGUGGUCAUGUGAAGGCUGCAAAGCAUUCUUCAAAAGGAGCAUUCAAGGACACAACGAUUAUAUUUGUCCAGCCACGAACCAAUGUACAAUAGAUAAAAACAGGCGUAAAAGCUGCCAGGCCUGCCGACUCCGGAAAUGCUACGAAGUAGGGAUGAUGAAAUGUGGUUCAAGAAGAGAGCGCUGCGGAUAUCGUAUCGUACGCCGCCAUCGCAACUCAGAAGAUUCGAUGCAUUGUGUAAGCAAAGUGAAAAAGAGCAACGAAAGCAUAAUCCAAGUGAAAGAGGUCGUUGUCAACACACUGACCCCGGAACAGUUCGUUUCCAUAUUACUUGAAGCUGAGCCGCCGAACGUGUUGGUGAGUCGUCCCAACAAACCAUUUACGGAAGCUUCUAUGAUGAUGUCCUUGACAAAACUUGCAGACAAAGAACUGGUCCACAUGAUUGGCUGGGCCAAAAAGAUUCCUGGCUUUAUAGAGCUCAGCCUAUAUGAUCAAGUCAGGCUUUUGGAAAGCUGUUGGUUGGAAGUGUUAAUGGUGGGCUUGAUGUGGAGAUCCAUCAAUCAUCCUGGCAAGCUCAUCUUUGCACCAGAUCUUGCGCUCGACAGGGAUGAGGGGAAAUGCGUGGAAGGAAUUUUGGAAAUCUUUGACAUGCUCUUGGCGACGACUUCAAGGCUUCGAGAGCUGAAAUUGCAGCACAAAGAAUAUCUCUGUGUCAAGGCGAUGAUCCUUCUCAAUUCCAGCAUGUUUCCAUUGACUGCUACAGAAGAACCUGACAGCCAUAAGAAGCUGAACCGCCUGCUCAACGGUGUGACGGACGCUUUGGUGUGGGUCAUUGCAAAGAGCGGCAUCCCUUUGCCGCAACAGACGACUCGCUUGGCGAAUUUGCUGAUGCUGCUUUCGCAUGUCCGACAUGCAAGUAACAAAGGAAUGGAGCACCUUCUUAGCAUGAAGUGUAAGAACGUUGUACCAGUCUAUGAUUUGCUGUUGGAGAUGCUCAAUGCCCACACUGUUCGAAGCCACAGGAAAAUGCCCAUUUCAAAUAUCGAGACUAGCACAUUGGAACAAGCAGAGACGACAGAUGGAGCACCACAGUGAUUUCAUCAUGCCGUGGAAAUCCAGGGACGUGCAAAGAACAGAGAUCAAGACUGGAAGUCCGGGUGUUUACUUUAUAAAGAAGACACCUGUGUCUUGAUUUCUCUCCUAAUGCUUCAGUCCUUUUUAUUUGACCGUAUGCUUUUUAAGACUGGACUUUGUGUAUGUCAGAUUAGAAUGUCUUGGAAAAGCCUCACGUGGUUGGAAUUGGACAACGUCCCUGUGAUGGUGGCUUUAUCAAAUGUUGCACUUCUGGAGUGCCUUCUAAAGGAGACUGUUGAAGCGCCGUACGAGCCUUAAGUUUCAUGAUAUCCUACUUGGGUGGCAGAGAAACUCUUUCUUUUUUCAAGUUGGAUGACGCACAAGCGAAGGAUCUCGCUGCAAAAAUCUGUUGGGACAGAAAACAGAAGCAACGUCUUCUAACAAGUAACUGAACGGUUUAAUAUGAUGCUUUACACGAAUGCUUCAUCAUAUGAAACAUGCUGCACAUUAAUAGCAGGCAGGAAGGAUCCUGUUCAUAUUAGAAAUUCACGCUGAUCAACUUUUCGAGUUUACUGCAAUAGACAUGAAUACGUUUUUGUUUUGUGCAAAUACGCCUUGGAUAAAUAGAAGGACAUGGAGCAGGUCCUCGUAUUUAAUUGAAAGGUCCUGGA